GUGAACUAUCUCUGUGAUUUAUUUCUUAUUUUCAUAUCAACACUGCCUGGUCUGAUGUGAGGCGCGUGGCGGCUGGACGCCGGCGGAGGGGGAGGGCGCGCUCCUGGACUCUCCUGGACGCCCUCACUCAUUCAGUCGCCGCCCGGCGUGGCUGACAGGACUCGCUGCUCCUGGGACGGAGCCGUGUCGCCGUGCGGCGCCGUGACCUGCCGGACUCCCGCCGGGCGAAGGAGAGAGGAGUCUGCUGCCUGCUCCGAGGCUCUGAACCAGCACUGCAAUAAAUACCUCGACGACUCCAACAGGCACUUAAAAAAAAGAGAGAGAGAAAGAACAUCGAUGUUUCAAACUUCCAGAGGGGGCGUCUGCAGUGAGCGUGUGACCCAGUGUGGGGUUCGGGUGUCGUGACCCCGGGCUAACACUGCGAGGGACCCUGCGGGGCGCCUGUUGUUCUUCUGGAGCCGCGGUCCAGCUGCGUGGACAUGACCGAGAGUGGAGCAGGACGCCCCGCGGCGCCCGGAUCCUCGCUGUAGCCUCAGAUGCGAGCUUCAGAGACAGGCAUGGCGGGCCGGAGGACGCCGCCGCUGGCGGUGCUGCUGGUGCUGAUGCAGGUGCUUUCUGGGCUGUGUGCGCCGGGCGACGGCUCGGGGAAGCACCGGGGAAGCUGGAGGUGGAAAGGUGACCGGAGCCGAUCUCGUCUGCGCCAGGAGGACACGCCGCCCCGGAUCGUGGAGCACCCGUCCGACCUGAUCGUCUCCAAAGGGGAGCCGGCCACGCUCAACUGCAAGGCGGAGGGGUGGCCCACCCCGACGGUGGAGUGGUACAAGGACGGCGAGCGGGUGGAGACCGACCGGGACAAUUACCGCUCGCAGCGGAUGCUGCUGCCCAGCGGCUCGCUCUUCUUCCUGCGCAUCGUGCACGGACGCCGCAGCAAACCCGACGAAGGCUCUUACGUGUGCGUUGCCCGGAACUACCUGGGAGAGGCCGUGAGUCACAACGCUUCGCUGGAAGUAGCCAUUCUGCGAGACGACUUCCGACAGAACCCUGCAGAUGUGAUCGUGGCGGCGGGAGAGCCGGCGGUGCUGGAGUGCCAGCCUCCUCGAGGUCAUCCUGAGCCCACCAUAUCCUGGAAGAAAGACGGCGUGAAUAUUGAUGACCGGGACGAGAGGAUUACGAUACGCGGCGGGAAGCUGAUGAUCACAAACGCUCGCAAGACGGACGCCGGGAAGUACGUGUGUGUCGGCACCAACAUGGUCGGAGAGCGAGAGAGCGAAAUAGCCGAACUCACAGUGCUGGAGCGCCCCAGCUUCGUGCGCCGUCCCAGCACCCACGUGGUGUUGGUGGACCAAAGCGUGGAGUUCCGGUGCGAGGCCCGCGGCGACCCGGUCCCCACGGUGCGCUGGAGGAAAGACGACGGCGAGCUGCCCAAGGGAAGGUACGAGAUCCGUGAGGACCACACGCUGAAGAUCCGCCGUCUGGUGGCGGCCGACGUGGGCUCCUACACCUGCGUGGCGGAGAACAUGGUGGGCAAAGCGGAGGCGUCGGCCACGCUCACCGUGCACGUCGGGUCUGUGCCCCCGGCGUUCGUGGUGAGACCGAGGAACCAGGUGGUCGGCGUCGGCAGAACCGUCACCUUCCAGUGCGAAGCCACUGGAAACCCUCAGCCCGCCAUUUUCUGGCAGCGGGAAGGCAGCCAGAACCUGCUGUUCUCCUACCAGCCUCCUCAGCCCUCCAGCCGCUUCUCCGUGUCUCAGACCGGAGACCUGACCAUCACGGACGCCGAGCGCUCGGACGUGGGUUUCUACAGCUGCCAGGCCCUCAACAUCGCCGGCAGCGUGAUCACCAAGGCUCUCCUGGAGGUCACCGACGUGGUGUCGGACCGGCCGCCGCCGGUCAUCCGGCAGGGCCCGACCAAUCAGACGGUGGCGGUGGACGGCACCGUGGUCUUCAGCUGCGUGACGUCCGGGAGCCCCACCCCCACCGUCCUGUGGAGGAAGGACGGCGUCCUGGUGUCAACGCACGACUCCAGGGUCAAGCAGCUGGACACGGGCGCGCUGCAGAUCCGCUACGCGAAGCUCGGUGACACCGGCACGUACACCUGCAUCGCCUCCACGCCCAGCGGAGAGGCCUCCUGGAAGGCCUUCUUAGAGGUCCAAGAAUUCGGAGCCCCGGUCCAGCCCAACAGGCCCACCGACCCAAACCUGAUCCCCAGCGCUCCCUCCAAGCCAGAGGUCACCGACGUCAGCCGCACCUCCAUCACCCUGUCCUGGAAGCCCAACCUGAACUCCGGAGCCACGCCCACCUCCUAUAUAGUCGAGGCCUUCAGUCAUGCUUCAGGGAGCAGCUGGCAGACCCUGGCCGAGCACGUGAAAACUGAGUCAUUUGUACUGAAGGGCUUGAAGCCCAGCGCCGUCUACCUCUUCCUGGUGCGGGCCGCCAACGCCUAUGGGCUGAGCGAUCCCAGUCCCAUCACCGACGCUGUGAAAACACAAGACAUCCCGCCCACCAGCCAGGGAGUGGACCACCGUCAGAUCCAGCGGGAGCUGGGAGAAGUGCUGAUCCACCUGCACAACCCCACCAUCCUGUCGUCCUCGUCCGUGAGGGUUCAGUGGACCGUGGAGCAGCAGUCGCAGUACAUCCAGGGCUACAAGGUGAUGUACCGGCCUUCGCCCGACGGCCAGCAGCAGCGCGGCGACUGGGCCGUGUUCGAGGUGCGCACGCCCGGCGAGGACAGCGCCGUGGUGCCGCAGCUCCGCAAGGGCGUCACCUACGAGUUCAAGGUCCGCCCCUUCUUCAACGAGUUCCAGGGCACGGACAGCGACGUGAAGAUCGGCAAGACGCUGGAGGAAGCGCCCAGCGCCCCCCCUCGUAAGGUGACAGUGACUGAGAGCGGCGACAAUGGGACGGCCAUCGUGGUGUCCUGGCAGCCCCCCCCAGAGGAGGAGCAGAACGGCGUGGUCCAGGAGUACAAGAUCUGGUGCCUGGGGAACGAGAGCCGGUACCACAUCAACCGCACGGUGGACGGCUCCACCUUCUCCCUGCUGAUCCCCAGCCUGGCGCCGGGGGUCCGCUACAGCGUGGAGGUGGCGGCCAGCACCGGCGCCGGUCCCGGGGUCAAGAGCGACGUCACCUUCUUCCAGCUCGAUGCGUCGGGGCGGAUGACGGAGAGCGUGGUGGAGGAGAACCCUCUGUCGCAGCAGAUCUCCGACGUGGUCAAGCAGCCGGCCUUCAUCGCAGGCAUCGGGGCGGCCUGCUGGAUCAUCCUCAUGGUCUUCAGCAUCUGGCUGUACAGACACCGCAAGAAGAGGAACGGCCUGUCCAGCAGCUACGCCGGCAUCCGCAAAGUGCCAUCCUUUACCUUCACACCGACAGUGGCGUAUCAGCGAGGCGGCGAAGGCGUCAGCAGCGCCGGAAGGCCUGGUUUGCUCAACAUCGGCGAGUCCGCCACUCAGCCCUGGCUGGCCGACACAUGGCCCAACUCCUGCUCCAACCACAACGACUGCAGCAUCAACUGCUGCACCGCCGGCAACGGCAACAGCGACAGCAACCUGGCAACGUACAGCCGGCCAGCCGACUGUAUCGCCAAUUAUAACAACCAGAUGGAUAACAAGCAGACCAACCUCAUGGUGCCGGAGUCAGGGGUCUAUGGAGACGUGGACCUGUCCAACAAGAUCAAUGAGAUGAAGACCUUCAACAGCCCCAACCUGAAGGACGGCCGCUUCGUGGGGCCGGGCGGCCAGCCCACGCCCUACGCCACCACCCAGCUCAUCCAGUCCGCCAUCCUGGGCAACAACAUCAACUCGGACCGAGGGACCGCGGGGAGCGGCGGCGGGCUCGGGGGUGGAGGGGAGGUGAAUGAGAAACACUGCUGGAAGCCCGCCUCGGUCCAGCAGCAGAAGCAGGAAGUGGGCUCCCAGCUCCAGUACAACAUCAUGGAGCAAAACAAGCUGAACAAGGACCGCUACCGAGGAGGCGACAGCCCCAUGCCGGCCACCAUCCCCUACAACCAGGCCCACGACGGCCACACCGGCGGCUCCUACAACAGCUCCGACCGCGGGAGCAGCAGCACCUCCGGGAGCCAGGGUCAGAAGAAGGGAAUGCGCACCCCCAAACUACCCAAACAAAGCACAAUGAACUGGGCCGACCUCCUGCCCCCUCCCCCAGCAAACCCUCCGCCGAGCCGGACCGCCGAGGACUACGCUCUGUCCAUGGAAGACAGCUGUGAUCCAGACAUGCAGUGCCCCAUGCCCCCGGCUCACAUGUACCUGCAGCCUGAUGAGCUGGAGGAGGAGGAGGAGAUGGAGCGGGGGCCCACCCCCCCCAUCCGGGGCGCCGCCUCCUCGCCCGCCGCCGUCUCGUACAGCCACCAGUCCACGGCCACGCUCACGCCGUCGCCCCAGGAGGAGAUGCAGCCCAUGCUGCCGGACUCGGCGGACGGCCACGAGCGACGACGCCACGCGGUGAGCCCCCCGCCCCCCCCGCGGCCCCUCUCCCCCUCGCACACGUACGGCUACAUGAGCAGCCCGCUGGCCCUGGACGCCGACGGCAUGGAGGAGGAGGACAUACUGGAGGAGGAGGAGGAGGAGGACGGCGACGAGACGGACGCAGAGGUGGCCAAGAUGCACUACCACCACACCCACCCCCACACGCACCCCCACCACCCCCACAUGCACCCGCGGCGGUUGCUGCUGCGGGGGCUGGAGCAGACGCCGGCGUCCAGCAUGGGCGACCUGGAGAGCUCGGUGACCGGCUCCAUGAUCAACGGCUGGGGCUCGGCCUCCGAGGAGGAUAAUGUCUCUUCGGGGAGGUCCAGCGCGGUCAGCUCGUCAGACGGAUCCUUCUUCACGGACGCCGACUUCGCUCAAGCGGUGGCUGCAGCUGCAGAGUAUUCGGGCCUCAGAGUGGCAAAGUACCCCGCUUCACAAGGCCAGGACAUGGCUGGAGCUUCAGCACGAAAAUACCAAAUAGCGCCGUCGGGCCACCGUCCGGGCAGCCCGGUGUCCACAGACAGCAACAUGAGUAUGGCAGCGGUUCACCGGAGGCCCCCCAAGAAGCAGAAGCAGCAUCCUGCAGGUCAUCCUGCUAACCAGCGGCGCGAGCCCUUCAAUGAAGAUCUGCCGCCUCCGCCCAUUCCGCCUCCGGCCGUGCUCAAGUCGCCCACACACCCGUCCAAGGCGGCCCUGGAGGGCAGGGGGGUCGUGUCGCCCAAAGCGGGAGAGGGGCGAGACAAGCGCGGCGUGGCGGGCGGAUACCGGCCCCGGGAGGGCUCGGACCCCAGGACCAGCUCGUCCGAACGCAGGGAUGCUCAGGACAGACUAAAGACCGCUCACGGAGGGAAGGGCGGCAAGCCGGAGGGCAGCACGGCCGGCAAGGCGCGCCAGCACACAGGCUCAGAGGACAUCCUGCCCUACAGCCGGCCGCAGUUCCCCUCAGUCAACAGCCCCCGGGAGCCCAGCUCCUCCAGCUCCAUGUCCUCCAGGGGCUCCGGGGGCCGGCGGAGAGGGGAGGCCGGCCGCAGGGCCCCCGCCGACAUGGGCCCCAACACACCCGGAGCCUUCCAGCCUGGAGACGACGAGCUGGAGAUGGUAGAAAGCUGAAGGAAAACAGAAGAAAAAGGUGGAACUGUUCAGAUUUUUCCAGGAGUGGAGGGAGCACCAUUGUUUCUCUUACGAUUUUAAAUAUCUCAGUAUUUCACCGUCAUGUUGGCUGCCGUCAUCCCGUCUGUCCAUCGUGUUUCUUUACAUCUGGAAAACAAACCGAUGUUUUCUUUUUGUUUUGAUUUUUUUCUAACUUAUCAUUUUCUAUGUCAGUUUAAAAAGAAAAAAAAAGAGGAAAGAGCGUCUGAGGAUUGCAGAGCGGUGCAUUCAAACCGGAAUACGCAGCAGUAUAUUUAUGUUUGAUUCCAAUGCAAUAUGGCGUGGAGGCCGGCUCCGGACGCUCGCCGGCGCUCGCCGGCGCCGCUGCGGUCACGUGUUACUGGAAGGGACUGUCUGUAAAUAUGCCUGUAUACAUGAUGUCUUCUCGUUUUCGCCCAUCGUGGUACCUCAAAAUUGUCUUCCUUGUUUUAUUUUGCGAACUCUAAUUUUAUUAUGCCAGUAAAUAUAAUUAUUUUAUCAUUUCCAUCCAUGUUGUAAAUUGCUAUAUUAUUUAGCUGCCCCCAGAAAGUGCCACUUUGGGAUUUUUUUUUUUUUUUUUCAUUUUUUUUGUAAUGCACUGUUAUGUUUCGUGUUGUCAUCAAUGUUUGUUAUUUGUUUUACUUUGGUUUUAAAAGCACAAUCACUAAACUUUAUUUUAAACCAUUCUAUCUAUUAACCUUUUUGUCUUACUGGAGGAAAACAGGUAUGACAAAAGAGUCUAGUUAAUCCUGAUGAUGAUGAUGAUGAUGAUGAUGAUGAUGACGGAAGUGACGUUUGCUGUUUACGAAGGCCGUGCUCGAGCAGAGACUCUUUGUGUGGCGCUCGCCGUCCUCUCCGGCUCAGACGCUCGCUCCAGUGGUGAAAACGGACAGUAAUGUGAGCCAUAGCUGCAGUAAAUGCCUUUUUGGCGUUGACCAUGAACCCAGCUGUCGCCCGUCAGCCGACACGGCGACGUCGUCCAUAAAUGCACUUAAAUGAAUGUGGAACACAGGAAGUGAGCGGCUGCGGGCCCCGGAGAGGCGGCGGCCGGACGGAAGGAGUCUCUCCUCGUGAUACUAAAGGGCUGCUCUCGCCCUGUUUUAAGGAGAAAGGGUGCUGUUGUUUAUUCAUAGGACAUCUGCAAACAUUUGUUUCGUAAAGCAAAAAAGUAAAAAAGAACUAAAAAAAAAAAACAAAAAACGAUGAAUAAAAAAGUU